AUGGCAUACAGCUUUGGCGGGGCGUUGUACUUCGUACUUGUUUGGGAAGAACAACUGGGCGUAGCCGCUUCAAGUUGGUCCGGUGAUUUUUAUGGAGGGUUGAAAGGAAGGCGGCGGUCUAUUCGGUGGCAUAGCGAUGUCAGGGUUGAGAGCAGAGAGAAUUCAGGCAGUACUAGUCUCGUGCGAAAAGUGUCACUGCCGGAGUACUUGAAGACUACUUGGUACUAUUACCGUAACUUUGUGCUCAAGUUAGCCGGAAUUUGGGUUGCUCUUGGGAGAGAGUUACAGACAACCGAGGGCUCAACAGGCAUCGCACCAGCUGCCACUUUUUCAGGAAAUCAAGCAUUCUUGCAGCUGAGAAAAGGCUACAGCGGGCGAGAAACGCAACUUCGGCAAAUCUAG